GAAUACAUGGAUCGCUCACCCAGAUAACACCUUCAGUAAAACCACACCACCAAACCACAGUGUUUUUUUUUCUUUUUUUUCCAAUACGUCACAUUAGAACUUUAGACCAGAUAGUAUAGUUUUUAAAGAGGAACAAACAUUUUGAAUGAGUACGAUGACAGUAACAUAAAGGGAAGAGAGCUCCACAGAAAGACACUGGACAGGCCAAACGGAGUAACAGCAGUGCAUUGAAGCAGUUACUGGGCAGCUUCACUAAUGGUAAGGAUGAGAUGAAGGUGAAGCAAGAACAAUCCAUCAGUCCUCCACCUCUUUGAGUCAUCCAGCAUGAGACAUGUUAAAUGGAGAGAAAUAAGAAACCCUCUCUUCUGUUUCUUCUCCUCGUUCUGACUCUUGUCUGCACCAUCAACACACAGGAAUGCCCCAGCCGCUCAGAUGGAUCUCCAUUAUUUCACACAGAUCUCAUCUGCUACAAUGACUACAAUAAUACCAUCACUUGCACAUAUGAGUCUGAGCAUGCAGACAGUCUGUGCACAAUUCACGGUGAAAAGGACAGUACAUCUAAGUAUAGGUACAAGAGUUCCUGUACACUGAAGCCUGUUGACGUCUCCAGACCAAAGCUCAAGAAGUGCACCAUGGUCUUCAAGUCCUAUUUGAUUUUUCUGUCCUCCCAUGUGAUGAGGAUUGAUCUGAACUGUGACAGUAUGAAUCAAAGUUCAAGAUUUUCCUACAAGCCAGUUUGUCACAUAAAGCUGAAUCCUCCGUCCAAACCAGAUGUCAACUUUACCACCGUUUCUAACUUGACCACAGUUUAUAACAUUACCACCGUUUCUUGGGUCCCUCAAGUUGGCGAGACGAGAAUUUCACUUUUCCGCUCCCAACUGCAGUGGAAACAAAAGGAUCAGCAAUGGAGUGAUGAAAACAAAAAAGAAAUGCAAUGUGACAAGAGCUGUAGAGCUAUACUCCCAGAUCUGAUACAAGACGAGAUGUAUGAAGCACGUGUUCGAGUGAAGACCGCCCAGGGCGCUGUAUAUGUGUCAACCUGGAGUGACUGGAGCCGCACUGCAUCAUGGGUGUCACCCAUUGGAAAAGUAAAACCAACACCACCACCAUCAGAUGUUGCUCAGGGUGUUAUGGUCACUGUUGGAUGCGUGGUAGCAUUUGCCUUGUUCCUUAUAUUCUUUAAGACCAACAAAACGACCUGGAUUUACAUAGUAAAGAGAAUCAGAGGUCCACCUCUACCGAAUCCUGAAAAGUCAUUUUUGCGGGAUGUAAAUUUCGAGAACUGGUUGAGUCCUCACUUCACCAAAGAAUCCUUUCAUUCUUUCUUGAAACCGGUGGAUAUCGUCUCUGUGGAGGUAACCUCCACUGUGGAUGCUGUAACACCCAGGGGGAUGGAGGCAGCACUGCUAGAGAAGCUGCGAAGGGAAAGCAACUAUGAGUCGACCAAUUCCAGCUUCUCCAACCCCAGUUACUCUGAGCUGUCUCCUCCUCCUCCUCCUAUCCCCUUGCUCACUACAGGGAACCUGGAACCCUGUGGUGCUGAUACACCAUAUGGACCGGUUGGUAGCCAAGCUGAAGAUAAAACUGCAGAACAGGAUAUGGUUGAAGUAAGAGGGAAAGAAGUUGAGCUCCUCCAGUUGCUUUCUAAUGGCAGCAACAACAGUGAGCCUUUGCCAGUAAUUUCAGACUAUGAGAAGGUUGAAAAGCCCCAGGUCGAACGUUUCAGGCUCCAAAGUCUAGAUUCAGGCAUGUGCAGUGGUGAAGAGGUCAGUCAAGAAAGCCUGGAGCCAGAUAGCAUCAAUGUGACCGAUUGCCAUGAUGAUGGUGGUCCUGAAGGCAAGGAGGAGUCAGAGGGAAGGAAUGGAAAAGAAGUAGAUUUACAGAAGUUUUUUGGAGGCAGUAGAGGUAGUUUUGACAAAGGGUCCAUUCAGGUUUGUUCAGAUUAUGAACGAGUCCAGAAGCUAGAGGUUGACAACUCUGAACUCCCUAGCCUGGAUUCAUGCAUUAGUAGUGGGGGUGAAGAGCAGGUUAGUCAGGAGGAGAGCCUGGAGGACGUUGAUAAGUCCACAGAAUCCACUAGUCUCCUGUUUCCUCCACCUUCUUCCAGUAGUUUCUUGCUCUCAUCCAUACCACUGCCUUUGGACUUUUCUGGGACCAGUUUAAAUUCAGCUCCGGCACCUCUGCCAAGUCAUAUACUGGAGAGGAUUGCUCUUAUGUCAACUACCAAGUCAGUGAAGCCCUCUGGUGAUGGGUACAUGCCAGUAAGACAGGAUCAGAGCUAAAAGCAGACAUAAAGCACUUGAAUAGACCUUGCAGUAAAUCCUGUACGGUAUAGCAUGUAGCAUGUGCAGGAUCCGUAACAGUCAACAGUAGUUUGUAUGUUCUCACAUUUGUUCUCAGUCAUAUUGAACUCUUUUAUUUUUUCUACCCUGUUACAUUAUGAAUAUUUAUGUCAAUUAUUAUAUAAUUUUAUUAACCUGUGUAGUCAGCUUCUGAAAUGCAAAUGUUUGUUUUUUUUAAACCUUAGGGGGAAAUAAUUUUAUAUUUUAUACAUUUAAUAUGUACAUGUGUUUAGCUUAAAGAGUUUUUACAUUGCACUGUUGACAGUGCUACUAAAUAUCCUGUUGAUCAGCUAUUUCAGUGCAAGCUCUUACAUACAUUUUUUACUUCUUCAAUAUGAAUGUAUACAUGCAGAUAUCUGGACAUAGAAAAGUGAAAUGUAAAUUAAAGUAGAAUGUAGAUAUUGUUAUCAUGACUCGUGUGUGCUUUUCUCUGUUGUAAUCAGCCAUGUAAACGGUGCACUGAUUGAAACAUUUGUCUCUAGCACCACCCUUUGGUCAAACACUGUUAAUAUUUAAUGGUAUCAGUCACAUGUAAAACAAACUAUAAUGACUUAUUUUUGUGGCAGCUAUAUCCAAAACUGAAUAAAUAUAUAAAUUGUUGACCUCUGUAAAGUCAAAAGA